GGCGCGCGCUGGGGCGGCGGCGGGCGCGGCGGGGCCGGCCGCUGGGCGCGCGCUGCCGCCGCCAUGGACACCGCGGGGGUCGCCGUCAUCGGCAGUGGACUCAUUGGUCGCAGCUGGGCCAUGGUGUUUGCUGCUGGAGGCUUCAAAGUGAAACUUUAUGAUAUUGAACAACAACAGCUAACAAGUGCACUGGAAAACAUUCGCAAACAAAUUAAAGAGCUGGAGAAGACAGGAUUCCUGAAAGGAGAUUUGAGUGCUGAGCAGCAGUUAUCUCUCAUUAGCAUCUGUACGGACCUGAAGGCAGCAGUAGAGGGUGCUACUUUCAUUCAGGAGUGUACUCCAGAGGACCUGGAACUGAAAAAGAAGAUUUUCGGUCAGUUAGAUCUUAUUGUUGAUGACAAUGUUAUCUUGAGCAGCUCGACCUCUUGUCUCUUACCUAGCAAGUUGUUCACUGGCCUUAAACAUGUUAAGCAGUGUAUCGUGUCACAUCCUGUAAAUCCACCUUAUUUUGUGCCAUUGGUUGAAAUUGUUCCUCAUCCAGAAACAGAUCCUUCCGCUGUAGAGAGAACAUAUGCCCUGAUGAAGAAGAUUGGUCAGUCACCUGUCAAACUAAACAGAGAAGUUGAGGGGUUUGUUUUGAAUCGGCUCCAGUAUGCAGUGAUAAGUGAAGCCUGGAGACUUGUGGAUGAAGGAGUAAUAUCUCCUACUGAUCUAGACCUUGUGAUGUCUGAUGGAUUAGGAAUGCGAUAUGCAUUUAUUGGACCUUUGGAAACCAUGCAUCUUAAUGCAGAAGGUAUUUCAAACUAUUGUGAAAGAUACCGUGAAGGUAUGAGACUUGUUCUGAACACCUUUGGACCAGUUCCAGAAUUUUCAGGUGAAAUUAAGCAGAAAAUCACUCAGGCAAUGUCUGAAAAAAUUCCAGUUGUUCCAAAAAUAUUGGAUGCCAGGAGAAAAUGGAGAGAUGAAUGUCUUACUGGUCUUGCCAAACUGAAAAAACAAAUGAAAUCUGACUGAGGUGCACCUUGUUUAACAGGAGAGAUCAAAUGAAGAGCUUCAUAAAAAGUGGAAGGCUUUGGUCAUGCAGAAGAGGAGACUGAAUGUGCAACCAACAAUACGCACAAGUGUAGAGACCAAUUAAACAUUUGGUCCAAAUUUAUAAUGAUGUAAUUAAUUAAUAACUGGAAACAGUCAUUGAAAAGUUUAGUUGAAAUUUAUCAAAUUAUUAUAUAUAUAUGCAUUAAAUGUGUAAGCAUUAAGUAGCUUUAGCAGUAUUAAUACUGUGCAGUGCUGGAACACAGUUAUGUUUAAAUAAUGCAUUUUUCAGCUUGCUUAGGAAUUCAGCGCUUGAACAAUAUUUGCUUAUGCAGGGAUCUGAAAUAGGCAAACAUCAGCUGUUUGUCUCUGGAGAAAAUAAGCCCUCACCCACCAAUCACUGUGACCGCGAGGUUAAUUUGUAAAGCACUGACUGUAGAUAGGAGAAGGUUGUGUUGAGCAAAGAGCACAUUCACUGGCUGGUGACCUGAGACCUCAGCAGCAGAAAGGGUCAGCUCAACUUAGCUCUGUAACUGUUCAACAAUGUGGGGGAAAGAAUUACUCCUCCUUUCCCCUCCCUUUUGCACUUCUAUACCUGUAUAAUGAUCUAAAUGUGAGUAAAUAGAGCAUAAUUCCCAACCCCCCCCCCAUCUUCUACUCCUGGUUCUGUAAGACUUGCCAGAGUGGUCUUUAAGACCAUGCACUUGAUAACCCCAUGGCUUUGCCUCUAGUCCAGCUCAGAUGUUUGAUGCUGGCCAUUGGCAUUGCUGCAUAAAUAUUUGCUCCAUUUUAAGACUUGUCCAUGACAAAUAGGAUAUUUUUAUGUAAUAGCUUGUUUGGGCGACAGUGGUGUAGUGGAUUGGUCUGGGCUGUCUCCCAGGCUACUCUGUGAUUGAGUGACCUUGGGAAGCCAGUUCACCCCUCUGAUACCAUGUCUGAAGCAAGGAGUGCUUCUUUAGGGCUUAGGUAGCUGAAAGGACCUCAGUUACCUGCUAUUUUGCUCCUCUGCAGAGGCAAAGAUGCAGUGGCCUAGAGGUAGCAUAAGGACAAAGCAUGCACCUGGGAGUAGUAAAAUCCUCAGUUGCUGCAGUGGCCUGUUUCAGUCCACAGCAGGCAUAGUGCAUAUCAAAUGAAUGUAUGUACCCUGUAAUGUAGUUGGACUUUGAGCUUAGCUGGAACCUUGGGACAUUAUUGUUAUGCAGAUAGUCAGGAUAACUGGAAACAGUGCAUUGCAUCCACACUGCUCGAGUUAAGCAUUGUGCUAACUGGUCGCGUAGCUUCAGUCACAGCACAGCUACAGAAGUAUCAAUUUUGUUAAUGCUCUGCUCAGGGCAUUUCAAAUCUUGUUUUUUACGGAGGGUGCAGCACACAAAUAGGUUACUGAAACUUAAUUAGUUGUCAUUUUGAGCUGAACAGCAGAAAUGUCUGCAUGAACAUACCAAUACCAAUUAUUUCUGCUUAGGUCACAGUAAAAGUUAGACCUAAGAAAAAUUGUAUUAUGACAUAAGUGGUAAGCCAAGAACACAUCUCUGGAUGUGAAACAUGGUAUGGGGGGCAUAUUGCUGAGGUUGUCCUCUACUCUUUUAUAGUCAGUGGAGAGAAAGGAAAAUUGGUAAGCUCAAUAUAUUUUAUCCCAAUAUAGACCUAAAAUUGUCAGGUUUAUUCUGUUUUUAUGGCCACAGCGACCUGCUCAAUGUGCAUUUAGACAUUUGAAGUUGGGGAGGUCAAUCCUCACUCCUGAUGCCUUCUUGAGCAAUCAUUAAUUAUGGGGCUGAUUUCCUCAUUUCAUGUGGUGAGGCCAUAGGAGGUUCCAAUUACUUUCAGGAUUAGACCUGUUUUACUAUGAGCAUAGGACAUUUUAAUUGCUAAUUACCUCACAUUGCUUCUGUUUAUUCUGAAAUAUGUUAAAACUUGAUCAUAGCAUCAAAUAUUUGCCUCCAUCUUUAUUAUUUGCUUAUGAAUAAAAUAUUUUAAUGAUGAAGUUAUUAA